CUGUCCACCCACGCUGCAGCUCUGAUGCGUUUAAACGUCUGUGCGCAAAAAGCGCACCGGAAUAAACCCCUGAACUCAGGAGGAUUCACGGUUCAUGGAGUCCUCUCUGGAGUUCUCCAGCUCUCUGGGCAGCGUGUCCUCCCUGCUGACCCGCUGUAGGACCUUCAAGGUUCUGGUGAUCGGGGACUCCGGCGUGGGGAAAACCUGCCUGACGCACCGGCUGUGCGCCGGAGAGUUCCCCCGCCGAGUGGAGGCCACCAUCGGGGUGGACUUCCGAGACAGAGCGCUGGAGAUCGAUGGAGAAAAAAUAAAGCUCCAGCUGUGGGACACGGCGGGACAGGAGCGCUUCAGGAAGUCUAUGGUGCAGCACUAUUACCGUAACGUCCAYGCCGUGCUCUUCAUUUAUGACGUCACCUGUCCUGCCAGUUUUAGCGGGCUGACGGCCUGGAUCGAGGAGUGCCGGCAAAAUUCUCUUGGUCAGGAAAUACCCAGGUUUCUUAUUGGUAAUAAAAGUGAUCUUCGCGAUCCCACCAGGACUGACCACCAGGUGGGCCAGGACCGGGCGAUGAGCUUCGCCAAGGCCCACGGCAUGAUCUUCUUUGAGACAUCKGCAAAGAACCCUCUGAAGAAACGGGGAAACGGACACCGAGGCGACGGGGCGCUCCGGUACCAGCAGGACGACGUGGAGGACAUYGUCACCGCCGUCGGCGCCACGCUGAAGAAACGUAAAACCCCCUCAGCAGCAAACUCGCCAGUGUACAGCGGAUCUUUUAAAGUUGGCAAGAAAAAAGCAGAGGAGCUGUGGACAUGCUGCUGAGAGCCACACGAGGACUGAAGGCUUCUUUAAACAAAGAACAUGAGUUUUUUUCUUCUUUUUGUUUUUUAACAUGUAAAAAUUGUGCCAAACUUCUUUUUAUGAAGUCAUUAAUCCCCAAAGACCAGUUUAAUAUUUAUACUCUGAGCCUUACUUAAAAAUGUUGUCUUUUUGUGUCUUUUUACUUUUGUUGUAAAAUAAAAUCCUGUGAGUUUCAACAAAAA